CAGCGCCUGUGGAGUUUUUCCUUGCUGCAGACAUCCAUCCUUGGGGAGCAGGCAUUCUCUCUUCCUCCCCACACAGACACCCACCCCCCCAAAAAAGAUGAGAGGCCUCCGUUUUUACCUGCUCUCCAUCCUCUGCCUCGCCUCCUCCCAAAAGGUGCCCAGGCUCAAGCUGAAUCUGCAAGAUGCCCAGAGGUUCAAUUUCAGUGAACAUGAGCGACCGGCGGCCAUGUUCCAUGAGCCCGGCUCCAACCAGGUCCUCGUCGGAGGCCGGGGGAGGCUGUUGCUGUUGACGUUUACGGACUCUGAAGUCACACCGAAAGAGGUCCCCCUGAAGGCUGAUGAGAAGGCGGAAAAGGACUGUAAAAGCAAGCCCAAAGCAGCGUGGGAGGACUGCGAUAAUUUCAUCCAAGUGAUUGAGAAGCUGGACAACAAAAUGAUGGUCUGUGGAACCAACGCUGCUUCUCCCAAGUGCUGGUUUCUGGUCAACACCACGACUUUUCAAACGGACAAGCAAGGCCGGAAUAUCACCGCCUCAGGGGAAAACAUCUCCCCGGCAUCACCAUCCCAAAACGCCGUGGUCAUCACUGUAGAAGACACCCUUUAUUCUGCAUUGUCUGGGGAAAAGAGCAGUAUCCAGAGAAGCUAUGGGAGGAAAAGGGGGCUGAAGACAGAAAACAGCUGGCUGCCCCGAGCGGAGUUUGUUGGCGCCGCCCUGCUGGCGGAGAAGGACCAGAGCAAAGACGAAAUCUUCUUCUUCUACAAUGAGGUCAACCAGUCGGCCGGGCUGGACGAGGAGCCUUACAAAGCUGGGCUCGGGCGUGUCUGCAAGGUGGACCAAGGCGGCAGGCCUGUCAUGACGGAUUCCUGGAGCACCUUCCUCAAGGCGAGGCUGGUGUGUGGACACCCCACGGAGCCCAUGCGCUUCCACCGCCUCCGGGACGCCUUCGUCUCCAGGAAGGAGGGCGGCCAGGGCGAGACUGUGCUGUAUGGCGUCUUCUCCAGUGCGUGGGGUUCGUCUGCUGUCUGUUCGUACUCGAUGAACCGGAUCAGCUCCAUUUUCAAGACUUCGAAGUUCAAAGGGGUCACGGGACCCAUCCCUGUGCCCAGACCCGGCAUGUGUGUGCCACCAGAUGGUCACCCUCCGUUGCCCAAAGCUACCCUAACCUUCAUUAAGGACCACCCCGAAAUAGACUCGGUCAUCUACCCGGAUGAAGAGCACCCCCUCUACAUCCUCCAGAACAAUGACACGUACACUCAGGUGGUGGUGGAUAGUGUGCAGGAUGCUGCCGGCAUCUCCCACGAUGUCCUCUUCCUGGGAACAGCAAAAGGGAAGAUCCACAAGGUGCUGAGAAGCAAAGACCAGACGGUGAUUGUUGCUGAGCUGAGUCCCUUCAAGAAGGAAGCCCCUGUCUCUUCUAUGAUCCUGGACGACGAUUCGGGCCACCUGUACGCCAGCACCGAGUUCGAGGUGGUGCGCCUGCUGCUGGCGGACUGCGACCAGUACAAGGAAAACUGCUGGAAGUGUAUCCUGGCCCGUGACCCAUAUUGUGGGUGGGACGGGGAACAGAAGACCUGCUCCGCCGUCUCCCAAGACAGUAACGCCACUGGCAGCUUGCUUCAGAACCUAGAUUCAUCGAGCACCGCUUCCAUGUGUGAAAACGCUGAAGAAAAGUUAGCUCAGGAGGCUCUCAAGAAAGUGAGUGUAGAUCCCACUGGCUACAUCUACCUGCCGUGCCCUCUGCGGUCUCACCAUGCCAUCUACACGUGGGUCAAAGAUGACAAGACGUACCCAUGCUCCAUGGACGAGCAGUCCUGCACCCUCCGCUUCGGGGAGAGCACCCCGAUGGACCAGGGGGUCUUUAAGUGCACCUCCAGAGAAGAAGGUUACCAAGAGGAAAUCACGGCCUUCAAAGUCACCCUCAACAGCGGCCGGAUCCCAGAGGUCUCCGUGGCUGUCAUGGCUAUGGGCAUCUUGUUCCUCACCAUAACUAUUCUCUUGCUAUAGACCAGGUUGCAGAUCUCUUUCACACACUGCCAACUAAUUGUCCGUUUGUCUUUGAAAACGAAACAAAGGGCGCCAAAUUAUCCUGACCCACCUUCCCAUGCUUGAGCAUUGGGCAAAUAUCACCCAAUUCAGCAAACAUGGAUCCAUCAUCCAUCAACUUUCUCCAAGCCCACCAUUUCAUCCCACACACAAAAAAAGAA